CAUCAUUCAUUGAGUUAAUUCCAAAAAUAGCACGCGCAGGAGAAGAGAGUGGAGCAGCAGUAUUAAUCAGAAUCUUUCCCUGUAAUAGCAUGUCGGAUCUCUCACAAGUUACAACCCAAUUAAACACCCCCUGCUACUUCAGUUUCUUUUUUACUACAAAACAUGUUCUCACACGUAUUUACAGUCUUUCUCUCUCUUGCUUUGUAUUUUGACUUUUCUCUGUGUCUCUCCUUCUGUUCUCUUCAGUUUCCUCUUUCUUUAACCUUUCUUCCGUUUCUAGACAGAGAAAGCAAAUACCCCAUUGAGUUUUAGGAAAGAAAGAAAAGAAUAUUAUUAAAAAUGAAAGAAGGGAAAGCUUUUUUGAAGUCUAAGAUGAAAUGGGUCGGUUUGGUUGGUUUAGUUUUAUCAGUUUUUUCACUCUUUGUGCACUUCUUGCUAGCCAGAUUCACUGAAGACGGCUUCUCCGAGUACCAGUCUUCCAUAACCAUCUUCUCCUGGAGACCUGUUUUUGAAGCUACAGACCUCUCGAGAACGAGCCCAUUGUAUAGAAGACUAUGGGGUCCUGUUGGGCAAUUGGAAUCUUUGCACCCACAUGCUAAUCCUAAAGGAUACUACGCAGAUCCUAGUGCUCAGUCAAAUGGGUACAUUUUUGUCAGAAUACAAGGUGGUUUCCAUGAGAUUAGGAGCUCGAUAUGUGAUGUGGUUGCGGUUUCUCGGUUUCUAAAUUGUACUUUAGUUGUUCCAGAGAUCCAACAAACAACUAGCAAGAAGGGAAUCAGCUCACAGUUCAAGAGUUUUGCCUACCUAUAUAAUGAGGAAACGUUUAUGGCGGCUUUAGCAAAAGAUGUUAAUAUCGUGAAAACCCUUCCUAAAAGCCUUAAAUCAGCAAGGAGAAAUAAGGAAAUCCCAGUGUUUAGAGUGCCGUAUGCAGCUUCACCGUAUUAUUAUUUGCACAAUGUGCUCCCUAUUUUGAUCAAGCAUUCUGUAGUUGAACUAGUUGUUUCUGAUGGUGGAUGCUUGCAGGCAAUUCUUCCGUCGGAUCUUGAAGAGUAUCAAAGUCUUAGAUGUAGGGUUGCUUUUCAUGCCCUGAGGUUCCGACAAGAUGUUCAGGACCUGGCAACUAAUAUAUUGCAUAGAUUAAGGGCUCCUGGAAGACCAUUUAUUGCUUUUGAUCCCGGUAUGACAAGAGAUGCUUUAGCCUAUCACGGUUGUUCUGAACUCUUCCAGGAUGUGCAUGCUGAGCUCAUUCAGCACAGAAGAGCUUGGAUGAGAAAACGUGGGAUAAUAAAGGGGCAGCUUUCUGUAAAUUCUGCUAAGCAACGUCUCAAGGGUUCAUGCCCAUUGACGCCAGAAGAGGUUGGUAUUCUUCUUCGGGCAUAUGGAUACUCAUGGGAUACAAUUAUAUAUGUGUCUGGAGGUGAAGUUUUUGGAGGCCAGAGGACAUUGAUCCCACUUCACGGAUUGUUUGAAAAUGUUGUUGAUAGGACUUCCCUCAGCACAAGCUGGGAGCUGAGUAGAAUUUAUGGUCGUGAGGCUAACCUCGACGAAAGUUAUCCAAGGGCUCCUCCAUCUGCUCAGGUUGAAACAAAGCUUGAUGCUUGGAAAAACUCUGGUCCUCGUCCUCGUCCUCUUCCACCUCCUCCUGCUAGACCCAAGACUUAUAAUAUUGAAGGGUGGUGGGGUUGGGUUGCUGAGAGUGACAAUGAGCCUGAAAGUACAGUUGUAGAGUUGAGGACUAAUGCCCAUAAGUUACUAUGGGAAGCCAUAGACUAUACAGUUGCUGUUGAAGCUGAUGUUUUCAUUCCUGGAUUCGAUCGUGAUGGUAAGGGACAUCCAAAUUUUGCCAGUCUGGUUAUGGGACACAGAUUGUAUCAAUCUGCUGCAUCUAAAACAUACAGGCCAGACAGGAAAGAAGUUGUCAGGCUUUUGGAUCAAAUUCACAGCCACAUAUAUCAUGCAAACCAUUCCUGGUUAACAUCAAUACGAAGACAUAUGCGAAGCUCUUUAAUUGAUGGAUUGAUCAAAGCAUCAAAUAAGUCAAAAUCUUCAUCUUUUCUUUCACAUCCAGUCCCUGAAUGUUCUUGCUUGGGGCCUAAUCCUAGUGAAACAUUGUCUAAUGCUUCAACCCCUUCAGUGCACUUGCAAGUUCACGCUGCUCUUGAUGUGGUACAUCGUUGCCCUGUUUGGAUGGACGGUGAAAAGAAUUUAAGCUCUAAUGAAAAGGACAACGAAGAGGAUAUUGAUGAAAAUGAUCCGUCGUCGUCAAGACUGUUUCUUCAGCAUACUGGAAGUCAUGAUGCUGGAGGUGAAGAUAUAAACCUGAAAGAAGAAUCUCAAUUUGAGGAUCAAGAAGAAGAUGGUGGUGAUUGACAACAGGAGCUUUAUAUAUUUUGUUCAAGUUCCAAAAAUGCAGCACCGGCAUUGCAGUGUCAGUGUACAUAUUUUAGAAUGAGCAAGAGUGUCUUGAAUUCCAAUUCAAGAUGAAGAAGCAAGGUGCCUUACACCAGUUCUCAAACUCUGAGUCGGGCCUCUAAUCGAAUCCAUCAGAAGCGAUAUUAAGUUCUUUUACACGGUGAUGUAUCGUAUAAUUGAAGCUUCGUCGGGAAAGGCAAUCGUGUUUUCUGCAAGUAAGCCUGCAAUCAAUUUUGACUAGUCUUACCUUGUUCUUAAUGUACAAACAUAAGUUUUUGUGGAUCUAUUUUGGGACAUUCCCAAAUGAUUAUGGGCAUUUUUCAUGCAUGACAUAAAUGAUUAAGGACAGAAUGAGAUAGGUGUUUUCCUUUAAUCCAUUACUAAAUAUAUAUCUAUCUAAUUUAUUCCUUUUGUGA